AUGUCCGGGUCAUGGCGUGGUAGCACCCUGGCCCCGAUACUGGCUCCUUACGACCCGCGCUCCACGCCCGCCCUUCCCUGGGAGGCGCCGAACGCCACCUACAUUCUCGGAGCCGACUACGUGGGACGCGACGUACUGAGCCGCCUGAUAUACGGCGCGCGCAUCUCGUUGUACGUCGGAAUGGGCAGCGUGGUGGCGGGCAUAACCGUCAGCUUUGUCCUCGGCGUGGCUUUGACUUAUGCCGGCGGCAUCAUUGACAUGGUCGCGCAGCGGGUGGUGGACGCCCUGAUGUCAUUGCCGGGUCUGUUGAUCGCCCUGGCGAUUAUGGCGGUGGUAACCCCCUCCCUGAACACCGUGGUCCGGCCAUGUCGUGCAUCUGCGCAGGAUCUCGCGAUCCGGUGA